CGGCUUGCAUUUUGCCUCGAACCACCAUGACCCGCCGCGAGGCGUCGGGGAACAACUACGGGUCCAUUUCUCCGUCUCGACAAGACGCAUUGACCACCAUGCCGAAGGAGUUUACCAUGAAAGCUGUUCUCAUCGGACUAUUGAUCGGAUGCCUCCUCUGCUUCACGAAUCUUUCGUUCGGCCUGCAGACAGGAUGGAUCUCAAUGAUGUCGCUGCAAUCAGCUCUCAUAGGGUUUUUGAUAUCACGACUUUUGCCUACACCGAUGAGUGCUCAAGAGGUCAUUGUCGUGCAGACGACUGCUGUAGCAACUGGAACUAUGCCGCUUGCAGCGGGAUUUGUUGGCAUCAUUCCUUCUCUCAAGUUACUGGAUGAAUCACGAGAUGGUUCCGCACCAAUCAACCUCUCUUGGAUAGCAGCCGUGGGUUGGUCCUGUUCUGUAGCAUUCUUCGGCGUGUUUUUGUCUCCACCGAUCCGCAAGCAAGUGAUCAUCAAAGAGCAAUUGGCAUUUCCAUCCGGUACUGCGACGGCACAACUGAUUGCAGUUCUUCACAAGAUGCCCCCGCCGGAUACAACUGUCCGCCGACGCGUUGGAUACAGUGCGGUCCCAGAUGAAGAAGUCCCUGCUGAGACUGAGGAGACGCCUCUUCCCGAGCCACCUUCCGAGCGCGUUCAAUCUGGAGGAUGGUCCGCUCUUGCGGCCAGUUUCGGGGUCUCGGCCGUGUUAACACUGGCCGCCUACUUUUUCCCUGCGAUAUUUUCGAUCCCUUUGUUUGGGGCGUAUCUGGCCCAAAAUUGGGCUUGGACAUUCACACCCAGCCUGGCUUACAUUGGUCAAGGAAUAAUCAUGGGUUUCCCCACAACACUGAGCAUGAGCCUGGGGAUGCUUGUGGGCUGGGGCGUCCUCUCGCCCAUCUCGAAGCUGUCUGGCUGGGCGCCAGGUCCUGUCGGUGACAUGACUAACGGUGCACGUGGCUGGAUUCUGUGGACGUCUCUUGCGAUAAUGUGCGCAGAUAGUGCCGUUUCGUUGGUUCCAGUUGUUUGGGACUACGUGCACGACCUUCUACAUGGCGAUCAAGCAAACGGGGACAAAGAUGAACUGGAGACUGAGAUAGAAGACCGAUUGGUCCCCAACAGCUGGGUGCUCAGCGGAACUUUGGCAAGCGUUGUCUUGGGCACACUUCUCGUCUGGCUUGUGUUUGGACAUGACGGCAUCAAACCAUGGGCUACAUUUCUUGGAUUUGUCCUCGGUGGCCUGCUCAGCAUUCUUGGCGUUCGGGCCCUGGGAGAGACCGAUCUCAACCCGGUAUCUGGACUGGGAAAGAUCUCGCAACUCUUCUUCGCUUGGAUUCAGCCAGGAAACAUUGUUGCUAAUAUUAUCGCUGGUGGUGUCGCCGAGGCUGGCGCCCAACAAGCGGGCGAUCUCAUGCAGGAUCUGAAGACCGGUCAUCUGUGUGGUGCUUCGCCUCGUGCGCAGUUUUUCGGUCAACUUGUGGGAUCUGCAGUGUCAAUCGUGGUAACCACUACGGCCUAUUCCUUGUACAAUCGGGCCUACGUCAUUCCUGGCCCGUCUUUCCCUGCACCUACCGCUUAUGUGUGGCUCAGCCUCGCCAGACUGCUUCGUGACGGCCAACUUCCAGAAAACAGUGCUUUCUUCAUGAUAGGCUUUGCCGCAUUGUUCGCGUUGGUUUCUGCCUUCAAAGCUCACGCCGCCCGCCGUGAUCUGUGGUACACUCAGUGGAUUCCAUCCGGUGUUGCGUUUGCGAUCGGUUUCUUGAACACCCCGUCGUUCUCCAUCGCUCGCCUGAUUGGCGGAGCCGUCGAAUAUAUCUACCGCACAAAAUAUGCUCGCGGCAAGCACGACAUCCGCCUCAUCGUCAUCGCCAGUGGCUUCGUGCUCGGUGAAGGGAUCCUUGCCAGGAUAUGCAACUCAAGGUAGGAAUUGAACUCAGGUGGCUUUCUCAUUACUUGCUCCACAAUCGGAGUGGGUACUUUACUACUAGUCUACGUGUGCGUGUAGUGACAUGUGUGAUUGUCGGGUAAGUGACAUCGGAGAAACGACACAGCCACCUGGCGCACGAUGACGCAGGCCACCAUGACGGACUCCACUCAGUUCCUUCGAGCCCUAAACUCUUACAUCAUGUCUGCGAUUGAUUUAUUGGCUAUCUCCUUAAUUACCCAAUAUCAGAUCUGAGAACAUUUAAUCAAUUGCUGACAUUGUCUGACAAGACACUGACCAUGACUGACCAGGCCUGAGCAAUCUGACCAGUGACCGACCGCUGCCUGAUCACAACUUAUUGCGCCUUGUCAGACCCUGAUCAGUUUGUCAGGCCCGAUAACAAAUCAAUUAUUUUUGCGACAUAGUAUUUCUCGAUGUAUCUAGAAUUGGCAAGGACACGUCAGCGCGACCCACUCCUAUUUGGGUCGUCCUUGAAUAAAUAGUUGACGCGCUCUUAAGCGCCCAUUCCGUGUCCGUUCGCCAUCUCUACUAAUGUCUCGCGUCCAACUUGCCAAGAUCCCCGCGCUGACUUUCUACAAAGGGGAGUGGACUCAGAGUCGGCGCACUGAGCCGCUUCCUCAAUUGACAUGUGUUGGCAAGCCUUGCAAAUUGUUUACCCCGGACGUCGUUCGCUGUGAGUCUCUUGGAGGCUCAGGGACGGAUAUCGACUGGAAGUGUCAUGCCGACCUUCCGGAUUCUCUCCGACUAGGCAGAGUCUCAGUCUCAUGCGAAGGUUUUUCUAAACCCGGCGACCCGUGGGUUCUGAAAGAUUCGUGCGCUCUCGAGUACCGCCUGGUACAAGUCCCGAAAAGCCUCCGGGACAGUGAUUCCGACAACUAUCUGCACAACACCCCCUCCGAGCCUCUCGACGUCGCGUCUAUCCUGUUCUACCUGCUGUGGAUUGGAGUCUGUGCGAUGAUCGCGUUUGCGCUCUUUCGCUCCUGUUUUGGCGAUAGGAAUGAUCAUGCUGGGGCCGGGCGGGGCGAGCGUCCAGGCGGGCCUGGUCCCCGCCCUGGCGCAGGCCGCCCUGCAUUCUUCCCUGGAGGCAUGGACCACGACACGGACGACGCCCCGCCCCCCUACUCGAAGAUGGGCCAGGGGAUGGCCAACCAAGACGGCUGGCGGCCUGGCUUUUGGACGGGUGCCGCAUUGGGAGGAUUGGGCGCGCAUUUGUUGAAUAACAGACAAGGUGGUCAGCGAACAUACGAUUGGGAACGCGAACGGUACCGCCAUCAGUCUGGCAGCGGGGGCUGGUUCGCGAGGGAUCCGCCAUCACGCAGACCGGACGAUCGUGGUGAGGGCUCCUCGAAUCUGGGAGCCAUGAGACAGAGCACUGGAUUUGGAGGCUCAAAUGUGCGAUAGUUGCGAUGUCCCUUGAGCAGACCACCACCGGGAACGCGUUUACAGCCGAGAGACGGAUAUUCGCUGUCCCGAAUGAAUCCGGAUUCGUCCGUGGAGAGCGUUUGCUGUGGAGGAUGGAGGCGCACAUGCCUCCCGAAAAGCUCAAGCCACUCUAAGACUGGCUUUGUGGUCCAGCGUGCACCCGGCCUACCGCCUCGCUGGAACCAGCCCAGAUGCCCGCCGGAGCGUGUCAGCACGGAGACGACGAACUCGUUUUGCUUGGGUGUCUGCACACGUUGCACUACAGGAUCGUCUUGAGCAUUGAUGGUCAGGCAGGGCACCCGGAUCUGCUGGGCGAUUUCGUGGCUGGAUGCCCAGGUAUAGUAGUCGUCCACAGACUUGAAAGGGAACGGCGGUAUGUCACCCACAGAACGGGUGAAUAUACCGUCGAAAUCGGUCAGCGUUGGAUUUUUGAUUCUCAAGAUUUCGGGGAUCGCUUUUGCUGUGGGAUGGUCUGGAUCGGCCCUGAAAGCGUCGAUGUUCUGCCGGAAGAUGUUCAUCACGUUUUCCCCCAUACGUCGGAGUCAGCAGCGCGCGCCGUCUAAGGGAUCUAAAUCUAAAGCGUACGAGUCGUUGUUUGUUUUGAUGUCCCAAGGCUGGGCGGAAUGAGCCAUUCGUACUCGAUUGUAUAAAAGGCUAUCACUCACACAUCCCAAAAUGCAUGCAGCGCUUAUUCUGCUGUUUCGACCCUCUUCGG